AUGCUUUUCUCAUCAGAUGAAGCCCAAAUCCAACCAGAUCGGGACACCGUAAGAAAAACACAGAGAGGGAAAACAACAUUUGGGGUAAUGGGUGAGAGAAACUCGCUGAAACUGCCUCGACGUGCAUUUAACAAAAACAAAGUGAUUACUCCAAGGAAGGAUACAGAGCCUUACGAUUCCGCCGAAGUCAAAGGAGUUAACCGGUCGCCGGAGAUGGACCGAGGAAAACGGUCGGCAUCGGAGAAUAGUGGUGUUCUGUAA